GCUACAGUAGCUCAUCUUGCACAGUUUUAUUUAUUUUUUUAUCUGAAGUAUUAGCAUGACUUUAAUAUUGGGUUUCCUUUACGUGUUUCAAAUGUUUGGUGGAUGUUUUUGUCAUAACGUCACAAGACUGAACAUCGUGAUGGUGAUGUCUGACGCCUUUGACGGACGGUUAACGUUUGAUCCUGGCAGUAAAGUUGUGCACUUGCCUUACAUAAAUUACCUGAGAGAGCUGGGCAGCACCUUCUUAAAUGCAUACAGCAACUCGCCUAUCUGCUGCCCCUCCAGAGCAGCCAUGUGGAGCGGCCAGUUUGUUCACCUGACCCAGGCGUGGAACAAUUACAAGUGCCUUGAUGCCAAUGCAAGCACGUGGAUGGACUGGCUGGAGAAGAGUGGAUAUCUUACCAAGAUGCUGGGAAAGCUCGACUACACCUCAGGGCAACACUCUCUCAGCAAUCGCAUCGAAGCCUGGACCCGGGAUGUCCCCUUCCUGCUGCGCCAAGAGGGUCGACCAGUCACACAACUUGUUGGGAACGCGUCAACAGUGAGGGUAAAUAUUGGUGACUGGAAGAACACGGACUUGACCACACAGUGGAUCCACCAGAGGGCAGCGUCCUCACACCAGCCUUUCGCUCUCUACCUGGGCCUCAAUUUACCUCACACCUACAAGACUGACUCCUUGGGACCUACGGCCGGAGGAUCCACCUUCCGCUCAUCUCCCUAUUGGCUAAAAAAGGUUCGUUCUGAUUUCGUCUCCGUUCCCACCUGGCUGCCCAUGGCUGCCAUGCACCCUGUGGACUACUACUCCACCUUCACCAAAAACUGCAGCGGGGACUUCACCGAGGAGGAAGUCAGAAGAAUCCGGGCCUUCUACUAUGCCAUGUGCGCUGAAGCGGACGCCAUGUUGGGGCGGGUGAUUUCAGCUCUGAGAGACACCCAGCUGCUCCAGAGCACUGUGGUGAUUUUCACGGCGGACCACGGCGAGCUCGCCAUGGAGCACCGGCAGUUCUACAAGAUGUCCAUGUUCGAGGGAAGCGCCCAUGUUCCCUUGCUAAUCAUGGGACCGGGGCUGGUAUCGGGCCAGCAGGUCAAGCAGCUGGUGUCCUUGGUUGAUGUCUAUCCUACUGUACUGGAUAUUGCAGGUAUUUCAGGUGCAGGCAAUCUCAGCGGCCACUCGCUAUGUCCUCUUCUGUCCAAGCACGGCAGCUUUCCAAGGAGGCAACGCCCAGACUGGGUUCUGAGUGAAUACCAUGGCUGUAAUGUCAACGCCUCUUCAUACAUGCUGAGAAGUGGUCGGUGGAAAUACAUCGCCUAUGCAGAUGGUCUGACUGUACCUCCCCAGCUUUUUGACCUGACACAGGACAAGGAGGAACUUGAUGACGUGGCCAUCAAAUAUCCAGGUGUGCGGGUACAACUGGACACGCUGUUACGCAGCAUUGUGGACUACCCAGCCGUCUCUAAAUCCGUGCAUGUCUACAACAAGAAGCAGUUUGGUGCCUGGCAACAAAGUGCAGGAAGUAACUAUAGCCGGGUCAUGGCUAAUCUCAGGUGGCAUGUCGACUGGCAGAAAGAUGCUUCAGGUAAUGAAAGACUGAUUGACAGGUGGCUCAAUGACUCCUUGUGAUGCACAUGCAAAUAUUAUACAGUAUACUGUAUAUAUAUAUAUAUAUAUACACAUACACUAUUGUGGGGUGAGAUGUAGCCAGCGCUGCCUACAGGAGCAAAAGUCACCGCCUCUGUCCAUGGUGCUGAGGACAGAGCACCAUCAGACGGGGGCGUGGCAGUGCUGACGGCGAGACACAGCUGGCUGGUGAUUAGAUUUCAUAGGUGGUACGUGUUAAUCUAAUCAUCUGUUGUCGUUAACAGUAAGCGACCGGAAAAAGGAGGGAGGGGAGAGAGGAUGCGGACGUGACUGAAAAGUCACGUUCUACUAGGAGAGAAAACUUUUGUUGAUAACAUUAUAAUAAUUAUAUUAAUAAUGGAUUAGAUUUUAUAUCGCGCUUUUCUAUUAUUAAUCAUUAAAAACCUUGUUAAACCUGCACGCUUGGUUCCGGUGCCGUGUCUGACAGUGGGACCGCUAGGAAGCGACUUCCACAACUAUAUUUCCAAAAUGAUAUAGCCACCCUUCCAAACGGUGAGAAUCAGGUGUCCUAAUCACUUGGCCCGGCCACAGGUGUAUUAAAUCAAGCACUUAGGCAUGGAGACUGUUUCUCCAAACAUUUGUGAAAGAAUGGGCCGCUCUCAGUGAUUUCCAGCGUGGAACUGUCAUAGGAUGCCACCUGUGCAACAAAUCCAGUCGUGAAAUUCCCUCGCUCCUAAAUAUUCCAAAGUCAACUGUCGGCUUUAUUAAAAGAAAAUGGAAGCGUUUGGGAACAACAGCAACUCAGCCACCAAGUGGUAGGCCACGUAAACUGACAGAGAGGGGUCAGCGGAUGCUGAAGCGCAUAGUGCAAAGAAGUCCAAACUUCAUGUGGCCUUCCAAUUAGCCCACGUACAGUACGCAGAGAGCUUCAUGGAAUGGGUUUCCAUGGCCGAGCAGCUGUAUCUAAGCCAUACAUCACCAAGUCCAACGCAAAGUGUCGGAUGCAGUGGUGUAAAGCACGUUCUCUGGAGUGAUGAAUCCCGCUUUUCCACCUGGCAAUCUGAUGGACGAGUCUGGGUUUGGAGGUUAAUGAUAAUAAUAAUAAUAAUAAUAAUGAAUUACAUUUGUAACACACUUUACAUUUGUUAAAAUCUCAAAGUGCUACAAAAUAUAGAAAAAGAAGUUUAAAAAAUAAAAAUGAAAAGUUAGAAUAUAUAAUAGAACAUUUAAAUAGAAAUAAAAACAUAAAUAACACUAGAUAAACACUAGAUAAAACAUAGAAGCAUGGAUAAAAUAGAAAUACAAAUAUGAAAGCACUGGAUAAAACAGAUAGGCAAGCAGUGCAUUUAAAAACAAGAUGGCUGUCAGGGGAACGGUACAUUUUGGACUGCAUUGUGCCGUGUGUGAAAUUUGGUGCAGGAGGAAUUGUGGUGUGGGGUUGUUUUUCAGGAGUCAGGCUUGGCCCCUUAGUUCAAGUGAAAGGAACUUUGAAUGCUCCAGGAUACCAAGACAUUUUGGACAAUUCCAUGCUCCCAACCUUGUGGGAACAGUUUGGAGCAGGCCCCUUCCUCUUCCAACAUGACUGUGCACCAGUGCACAAAGCAAGGUCCAUAAAGACAUGGAUGACAGAGUCUGGUGUGGAUGAACUUGACUGGCCUGCACAGAGUCCUGACCUGAACCCGAUACAACACUUUUGGGAUGAAUUAGAACGGAGACUGAGAGCCAGGCCUUCUCGACCAACAUCAGUGUGUGACCUCACCAAUGCGCUUUUGGAAGAAUGGUGGAAAAUUCCUACAAACACACUCGGCAACCUUGUGGACAGCCUUCCCAGAAGAGUUGAAGCUGUAAUAGCUGCAAAAGGAGGACCCACAUCAUAUUGAACCCUAUGGGUUAGGAAUGGGAUGACACUUCAAGUUCAUAUGUGAGUCAAGGCAGGUGGCCAAAUACUUUUGGCAAUAUAGUGUGUGUAUAUAUAUAUAUGCCCUGUAUAAUGACAUGUUUUCUGCACACCAGACGUUUGCUCUCUCACAGUAACAACUCAAAUCAAUAUGUUUUGCUUUUAUAAUUCCUGAAAUUAGCUUUGCAGGUUUGAAGAAUAAUGCUUUCCUUAAUUUUUCUAAAGCCACGACACACUUGGAAAACCCCUACACUACUUUAUAACCAUUUGUACACUGUUCUGCAAUCAUUCGUUUUGUCAAAGAUAUAUUUUUAUAUUCAGCCGUAUUGUUAUGAAUGCUGCUUAAGAUUAGAAUAUAAAUAAUAUGAAUUAAAAAUUUUUUUUACUGUAAUGUGUUUUCUAUUCUCUUUAAUUUCCACAUUUUCAUUGACAUUUUACAAUUAGUUAAUUCAUUAUUAAUUAUUCAAAUGUGCAGUAUCGCUUAAAAAAUCUUAUGCCCUGCUUCCAAUUUAAUUAAGCAGAAUUAUCGAAUGCAGUGGUUCUCAAACUUGUUUCACCAACUACGACCUCAGAAAAAACUCUCCAAGUACCAUCAUAAUGACAAACAUUAAAAUACAGUAGCGUAGUAAGUGUGGUGAAAUUAACCUCUGCAUUUGACCCAUCACCCUUGAUCACCCCCUGGGAGGUGAGGGGAGCAGUGAGCAGCAGCGGUGGCCGCGCCCGGCAAUCAUUUUUGGUGAUUUAACCCCCAAUUCCAACCCUUGAUGCUGAGUGCCAAGCAGGGAGGUAAUGGGUUCCAUUUUUAUAGUCUUUGGUAUGACUCGGCCGGGGUUUGAACUCACAACCUACCGAUCUCAGGGCGGACACUCUAACCACGCGCCCUUUGGCCAAAAUGUAUUUUUAAAAAAAUAUAUGUAUAUAAAUAUAGAGACAUAUUGUAAUAACUUGAAGUAAAUAAUGAAGAUUAAAAACCAAUUAGGAACAAAAAAAUUCCCCCAAAAAAUUAUUUACGAAAAGCAUGUCUUUUUCUCACAAUGUGUCGACUUUUUUCUUAUAAAAUUGGGAACAAUUUCUCAUAUUCUUUCUGUUUCUGUAACAUUGCAAUAUUUUCUCGUAAAAGUAUUACUUUUUAAUGCAAAAUGGCAACAUUUGUCAUGUAAAAUUCUGACUUUUAUCACAAUAUUGACCAUUUUUUUGUUGUUUUCGUUAAACAGUGACAAUUUUUUGGGGUA